AUGGAUGGCUUACUACGCACACUAACACGCUCCCGCAACACCGCGCCGUCUCCGAACCGCGGCAGCCGCAACCGCAACCGACACAGCGGCGGGAGCGGAGGCGGAGGCGGCAACAACCACGGCCAAAUCGAAAUCAUUAUUGAGACCCUCGCUCGAGGACUCGUCGAGUAUGCGGUCCAGAAAUACAUGAAGAAGCUGAGCGGCGGCGGCGACGAAGAUAAGAGCGGAGGAGGACACAAAAACGACGGGCGCCUUAGCACGCGCAAUACCCAUGGCCGCGACGAUAACGAGCGCGCUAGAGGCGGCGUUCCGAAUAUGGACAUGGAGAUGCUGGAGCACCUGGGCAAGAACAUCCUCUCCAAAGCUAUGGAGCGCUUCGGUGGCGGUGGAGGGGAGGAGUAUGAAGAGGAAGACGCGAGACGGAGACAUGGCAAGGGACAGAGAGGCAGCCGAGACCGCGACUCAUACUCUCGUGGACAUUCGCAAGAUCGUUCCCACGGGAGAAGACACGGCGGCGGCGGCGGCAAAGAUGAAGAUCACACCCGGGACCGGAGAAGACGCCACAGCCGCGACGACGGGUACCCUUCACACAGACCCGGCUUGCCCUCCUCGCCGUCAAGACACCACCGCGGCGACGAAGAGAAUUCCCACCGCCGUCGCCGACGCGGAUACGGAACCGACUAUACGCCGCUCAAAGAGGAGAUGGAGACGCUGUCCAACACGCUCAUCUCUUUGAACGAGCGACAGCCCGGACACGCCGACUGCGAGUUUUACGAUGCGUUUGUGGAGCGCUCGGGCAAGGUCCACGGGUGGACGCAUCAUCAUCACCAUCACCACCAUAAACACGGCCAUCAUCAUCACCAUGCUAAGGGCAAGGCCAAGCCCAAGAAGGCUUGCAAGAAAGCAAAGCAGAAAGCCAAGGCGAAAGCCAAGCGGCGAAGUAAACGACCUUCGCAGCCUCGCGAACCUACGAUACGGUUCAUGCCUAUGCCUCCCAUGACGGCUAUGCCGAUGCAUCCAGCUCCGGUAGCUGGUAUGGGGAUGGGAAUGGGCAUGACCCCUGGUAUGGACUUGCCGCUGGGCGAUGGCUUCAUCGACUACGGGCCGGCGCCUGACCAGGACAUGGGAUUAGAGAUGGGCUGGGGCAUGGACCCCAACUUUCGACUGGAGCAAUUUGCCACGGAAGAUGAAAUACAUGGCGACAGGGAGGUGACUUGUAACGAGUGCUGCUACUCGUUUUUCGAUUCUUUGUGUGGUAUCCCGCCGGAAGCUCGAGAUCUGAGAGGGGAGGCUGCUGGUAAUGGGGCUAUCAUUGCGAAUGACAAUGAGAUGGAGGCCGUGUGA